AAAAGGCACAAAUUAGAAAGAGAGAGAAGGGACAGUUCUGACAUUUAACACAAUCUAUCACUUCACUCACUCUAAUUCCUUUCUAAAAUUUAAGAGAGAGAAAAGAGCGCAGAAGGUAGACACAACCCACCAGUUGUUGCGGCUCUUUGAAGAGAAAGAGAGAGAGAGAGAGAGAGAGAGAGACAUUCGCAGAUGGGAUCUCAUUUUCAUUACUGUUGAUUCAUCUUCUACUAGUAUUACUUCAGUUUCAUUCAUUCAACUAAUCUCCACAUUUUCCUUUCAGGACAAGGACUUUUUUGCAGGGUUUCUUAAUUUCAGUUCUUGUGAAGAGACUUGAUGGGUUCCAGGUACCCAUCUCAUAAGCUCAGCAAUGGCCUUUAUGUAUCAGGUCGGCCUGAGCAGCCAAAAGAAAAGACUCCAACAAUGAGCUCAGUGGCCAUGCCCUAUACUGGUGGAGAUAUUAAGAAAUCUGGAGAACUGGGUAAGAUGUUUGAUAUCCCGAUGGAUGGCUCUAAAUCUAGGAAAUCUGGGCCUAUUACUGGUGUCCCUUCAAGGACUGGAUCUUUUGGAGGGCCAACUACACAUUCUGGGUCAAUUCCUAAUGCUGCUGUUCGGUCUGGCUAUAACAUCUCUGGUCCUAUAUCUGUGGGCAUGUCUGGUUCAACUUCGAUGAAGAAGACGAAUUCUGGACCACUGAAUAAGCAUGGGGAACCAAUAAAGAAGUCAUCUGGCCCUCAGUCUGGUGGAGUUACACGGCAAAACUCUGGUCCUAUUACACCAAAUCUUCCUGCUACAGGUCUGAUUACAUCUGGGCCCAUUUCUUCAGGCCCCCUAAAUUCUUCUGGGGCCCCUCGGAAAGUAUCUGGUUCUUUAGACAAUGGAGGAUCAUUCAAAAUGCACAGUUCCUCAAUUGCAAAUAAUCAAGCUGUUACCACUAUUAAUCAAGAUGAUGACUUUUCCUUCAGGAAGAACUUUCCAAAGCCUGUAUUAUGGUUGGUGAUUCUGAUAUUUCUGAUGGGGUUCAUUGCUGGUGGUUUUAUUCUUGGAGCAGUUCACAAUCCCAUUCUCCUCAUUGUUAUUGUGGUACUUUUUGGCGCAAUUGCUGCAAUAUUUGUUUGGAAUUCAUGUUGGGGGAGAAGAGCUAUUACAGAUUUCAUUGCUCAUUAUCCUGAUGCUGAUCUUAGAACUGCCAAAAAUGGGCAAUUUGUGAAAGUUACUGGGGUGGUUACCUGCGGCAAUGUGCCCCUUGAAUCUUCAUUCCGAAGGGUUCCUAGAUGCGUCUAUACAUCUACAAGUUUAUAUGAGUAUCGAGCAUGGGGUUCAAAACCAGCCAACCCUAAACACCGUCAUUUCACAUGGGGAUUGAGGUCAUUAGAUAGGCACGUGGUUGACUUCUACAUCUCUGAUUUUCAGUCUGGGCUGAGAGCACUGGUUAAGACUGGAAAUGGUGCAAGAGUAGCUCCAUUUGUUGAUGACUCUUUUGUUAUUGAUAUUAAACCAGAAAACAAAGAUAUGUCUCCAGAGUUUGUCAGGUGGUUGGGAAAGAAAAAUCUUUCAAGUGAUGAUCGUAUGAUGCGAUUGAAAGAAGGGUACAUUAAAGAAGGUAGCACAGUAAGUAUAAUGGGAAUUGUUCAGAGAAAUGACAAUGUGCUUAUGAUCAUCCCUCCACCAGAGCCGAUAGCAACUGGAUUUCAAUGGAGCAAAUGUAUCUUUCCAACAAGCCUUGAAGGUAUCAUAUUGAGAUGUGAAGAUACAUCAAAUAACGAUGUCAUCCCUGUUUAGUAAGUAGUCUAUGUGCAUUUCAAACUUGUUUAAGUGUUUACCCCUACUGAAAAAUAUUACUUCCCUCUACUAAUUUGAUGGUGGUGUGCGGUGGUUUUGUAGUGAUAAGUGACCAUUAGUAUAAUGGCUAGGAAUGAGGUGUCGGGUUUCUUUUUUUUCUUUUUGUGCAAACUUGUUGUAUAGUUUUGGCGAUUUCAUUUGCAUUUUUUAGGGCUUGAAAGCUUCUGUAAUGGAUGUGGGUUAUGGGGGAAUAUUUCAUGUUUGAGCAGAUACCUUUUAUGUGAGUGAAAAAAAGGGAAAUGUUACAAGUUAUUAUUAGAUUGUGUUUUACACUUCGUAAAAUGUAAAACCCCUGUUCAAAUGCUCAAAAUGUAGUUUAUUUUUCCUUCUGUGCUAUAUUUGGUUCAGUCUGUAAACCAUUUCUCUGUGUAUUUGCAAAAACAUUAUUUUGAUUC